GCUGAAGAAAAAACGGGUGACAGCCAAGACAGCCAGAUUACCAUCUAAAAUGUCACUUAGCGACCCCAAGACACUGAGUCCAUGCAGCCCAGAAAAACAGCCCCUGCUAUCUAGUAUAGACAAGCUAUCUAGUGUCUCAAGUCCAAAAAAGUCACCCACACCCUCCAGUGCAGAAAGGUUAAGCAGGCCCUCGAGUCCACAAAACCAGUGUACGCCAUCUAGUAUACCAAAGGGAAUCAAGCCAUCAGAUCAAGGAAAGAAAAAGCCAUCAUGCUCAGACAAAAUAUUCCAGCUAUUUCACCUGGGAAAGUCCAAUAGAACAGGCCAUCUGGGGAAGCCAUACAAGCCAGCUCGUGCCCGGAAGCUAGCUGGUCAGGCAGUUUCAUCCGAUCCCAAAAAGGCAGUGAGCCCAUCUUGGCCAGCCAGUGUGCAGUACACAGUCAGGCGCAUCCUGCCUCUUUGUCCACCCCACCCACAAAAUCCCACCUCGACACCCAAACGAUCCUGUGUGCUGACACUAGCCCAAUCCUUCAGACAUCGGGAACUAAAAAGGUCGGUUUUCGGGCACAGGGCAGACAUGUUCUUUAGGCCUCAAUCAAUCAAGGCUUGCCGAUGCUAUAAGAAAAGAUGCCUUGUUUGUCAAAGUUCUGAGCCUUUGGUCAAUAAUAUUUCUGAGGCAAAGAACAGAAAUGCUCAAAACCCACUUUUUGCAAGUGAAGGGAAGCCUUUUACCCAGUCCUUUCUUAAGGCUGAUUACAGAGACAACGUAUUCUAUGGCAAUGUGAACGGCAAUGAUAUUAUGACCUAUGAGAAU